AACUGCUGAUAUGUCUCUGGCCUCAUUACUUCCUUAACUACCUGCCAACCGCAGAUAGCCGAAUGAUGGCUACACUGCGGCAGGCCAGUUCUGGGAGGGCGUCAUAUGACGUCCUCUCAGAACGUGCUCUCCUGCGCUCCCCCAGGGCCCCCCCCCCCCACCGGCGAUCUCCCUGAUCGCUGUGUCCUUGCCAGAGCAGGGAUCGGCACCGAUCAUCAGGGCACUGAUGAUCAGUGCCCUGAUGAUCGUUCCCCAUCAGUGCCACCCACCAUUUCCGCCCACCUGUGCCCAGCAGUGCGCCCACCUGCGCCCAUUAGUGCACCCUCCUGUGUCCAGCAGUGCCACCACCUGUGCCCAGAAGUGCCACCUACCUGUGCCCAGCAGUGCCACCCACCUGUGCCCGACAGUGCCACCCAUCAGUGCAGCCCAGCAGUG